GGCGCGGGGCGUCGGCGCACGCGCACCGCGUCGCCGCGCCGCUCGCCCUGGCAGCCCCGCGCUUGAGCUCGAGCUGUGCUGGCACCAUGUCGGAGAUGAGCGUGCUGUGCGAGCUGUACGAGGAGUGCAACGACCUGCAGAUGGAUGUGAUGCCCGGCGAGGGCGACCUGCCGCCCAUGGAGGUGGGCGGCGGGCCCCGAGACGCGGCCCCGAGCGCCGGGCGCCUGGAGGAGGAAGGCCCGAUGGAGGAGGAGGCGGCGGCGGCGGCGGCGGCGGCGGCGGCGGCCCAGCCCAUGGCCCAGCCCGCGGGGGGACGCGGCCUGGCCGGCCAGCCCCGCGCCGCCAACGCCAACGCCGCCAGCGCCGCCAGCGCCAACGCCGAGCGUCCCCGCCUGCCCGGCCUGGAGAGCGAGGACGAGGGCGACGAGUUCGACGACUGGGAGGACGACUACGAGUACCCCGAGGAGGAGCCGCUGAGCGGCGCGGGCUACCGCGUGUCCGCCGCCCUGGAGGAGGCCAACAAGAUGUUCCUGCGGACGACCCGCGCGCGCGAGGCCGCCCUGGACGGCGGCUUCCAGAUGCACUACGAGAAGACGCCCUUCGACCAGCUCGCCUUCAUCGAGGAGCUCUUCUCGCUCAUGGUCGUCAACCGCCUGACCGAGGAGCUCGGCUGCGAUGAGAUCAUCGACAGGGAGUGAGCGGAGCGGCCCGCGAGAAAACAGGGAGGAGGAGGAGGAGGAGGAGAGGAGGAGGAGGAGGAGGAGGAGGAGGAGAGGAGGAGGAAGCUACUCGAGGAGAGAGAGACCCAACAUUCCGCCGCCUCUUGGGUUAUUCCAAAUAGAUCCGUGCCAAUGAGAAACUUAAUGUGUUUUUUUUUUUUAAUUUUUCAAAAAAAAAUUUUUUUUUUUUUUUAGUUUUGUUUUGCAGAAUGGAAUAGGGCAGUGACUGCUCGGUUGGAAUCAAGGAAGCAACGUUCUAAAGAAAGAAAGAGGAGCUUAGGACUGGUUGUUGAUUUUAUUUUAUUUUUUCAGGACUGUCCCUACGGCAAAGGCUUUGACUUGGUUAUUGAUCCAGAUUUAUUUUCCUUGCGUUGGAGGAGAGAAAAAAAAAAUCUUUCCUUAUCUCACCGUCAGGGCUGGUUAUACCAGAGUAAGUCGUGGUGAGGACGAGCUGCCCGCACGAGAGCCCCACUGGUAAUUACGAGACAGCAGAAUAACGGAUGUAUCCGACUUAGGACAUGGGCAGCGUCUGAGUUACUUGGACUGAAAGCCUAUUGAGGAAACUCCGAAGAUUCCGCUUUGUGAUCUGUCCAAGCAAUGGCUAAAUUAGAAGGCUAAGUCUUUUUUUGUGUAAGAUGGAAUUCUUUAAUACCCCAAAAGAAUAAGCAAAUCCAAAAUGAAGUAUGUAUUACGUGUGCUGUAUCUUAAAACGUUUUCCUAAGAGCAUCUAAAAUUUCGUUUGUAUCUGUAUCUUGCUCAUUUAAGCCACUGUGACCUGUACUUAAAGAAAAUUUAUUGUCAGUCAUUUUUAGGUAAAAAAUUUUGAUGUCCUGAAUAUUCAGAUUUAGAUAUUAAAAUGUGUGUAAAAGAGCAGAGAAAAAAAUCUAUUUCUAACACCCUUGAAUACUAGAAUAAUUUUCUGUUUCACUUGCUCUCAUUUUUAUUUAACUUUGCAGGCAGAAGACGGGUUGAAUUUUACAUUGUAAGAACUGUUGAGUGAAAAUUGUCAAGUCAAAGGAAAACCCCAUCUCUGAGAAAAGAUUUUAUGAACAAUUACACCAUCAACCUUUAAAGUUUUAAAACCUACCCAGAAGUCCACCUCAGUUUAUGGUUUCUCUCUGUCUCCUCCUCUAAGCUUGUUACUGGUUAUGCACCAGCAUUCAAGAUAAUAAAAUUUCUUGUUCUGUGUA